CGAUACAAAAACAACAAACACAACACGACAGAAAAUAUACUAUUAACACUUUUGCUUUAUAUCCAACAAGUUUUACAUUCAAUCAAAUACUAAAAACUCUAAAUAUUUCCGAUUCGAAAUUUAAACAGUUUGAGACUUUCGUUAAAGAUGACUUGCAGCCAGGCAGCAGCAAAAGCUGCCACCCAGGGAAUUGCUGUUGCACACGCCAGCAGCAUUGCUUAUGUGCAGUGCCAGAAUCUCAAGUAUAAUGCCAUCAUUAUCGGCUGGCUGGGCGUAAUCAUAUCAAGCGUAAUGAUCUUUAGCUCCAUGAUGAUCAUUAAUAUGAAAACAGAUGUCGAACUAAUGAUUAAGCAAGUGAUGCUACUUGAUGCCACAGAUAAGGAAGUGCAGCUUCUAAUGAAUCUGUUGGCGGCAUUUAGCACUGUCGCCUAUGGCAUGUCCUUGAUUAACCUGGGCGUCAGCCUUUUGUUGCUUAUUGGCGUAGCUCGGGAUUCGAGUAGUUUGAUGUAUCCCUGGCUGAUAUACCAUGGCGUUGUGUUCGGCUUUGCUCUGUAUUUGGGCAUAUUCUAUGCCAUGACAGGCCUUUUCAUAGAUCUAUCGAAAUUCUUGAUGUGUUUACUGGUCUUUGCUCUUGUGCUGGUGAUCUACUAUAAAAUUUACCAUGAGGUCUUCACCCUUUUCCGCGUUAUGCAGGAGAAUUUACUGCGUAGCAAGCAGUUGGAUCAUGCUUAUGCCUCUGGCCUGCCAUAUCCACCUUUAUAUUAUCCAAGUUUUCCGUUCAAGCAGUAACAAAAAACAAUGAAAGUAGGAAAGAAAUGUUUAAGCAAAAAUAAUAUUUAGCUGAAUUCUCAAGAUUUACAUAAUUUAUUUACACACAAUUAGUUCAUAAAUAGUUUA